CGUGAAGCGGUCCAUCCUUUCACUACCCUUAACCAAUCGGGUCGCCGGACUUGCAUGAACCUGUUUGGUCCUCGAUUCCUUCGCGGGAGCAGCAGGAUGUCGAAUGAAGCAUCAGCCCAUCUCAUUCAGCCCAUGGAGGUCGACGACAGCUCCCCCUCUCCCCGACCGCCCUCCCGUCCCGCCACAUCCUCGUGGCGCAUUCUCUUGCCCAUCAUCAUGUGGAAGCACUGGCUCGUCCGCAAGCGCAAGAGUCAGCAGCUCCGCAACCUCAUCUAUCAGACCGUCUUCUGGACUGGCAUCAUUGCGCUGGCAAAGCUGACGGCACCAGACACCACUUAUGUCGAGAGGCGAGCGCCGUGGGACGAGCAUGCGGCCUUCAGGAGGCUGCUGGAGGUGCCCACGGCCUCCCAUGUCAACCGGACGAUCCUGGUGGGGAGGGCAGCGGGGGUGUGCGAGGAUGAUGCGUAUCGGCUGAUGAAUCUGACGGCCUCGCUGCUGACGAGCCAGCUGGACAAGUAUGGCUAUGACAUCGAUGUGAGCAGCCACGUUCUGCACGUCGAGUCGAAUGCGAUGCUCCAGGCGGCCAUGAGGACCGACUUCGAGAGCUACUGGUGUGGUCUGCUAGUGAAGCGAAUCGACCCCACUGCCGAUGUCUACGACAUCUCCAUCCGCUUCUAUUCCAACGAGGUGCCUGACACGUCGGCAAAGGUCGUCAGCGACCCCACCCAGUGCCGCAAGUACUUGAAGCCUCUCUUUGCCCAGCAGAAGGGCGUGCACACGACGUUCACUCAGUGCAUCGCCCUGCAGUACCAGCGGCAGGGGUUCCUGGACAUCCAGACGGCCGUCAGCCGGGCGGCCAUGCGGAUGAGCGCUGCUGCUGCUGAGGAUGACCAUAGCAACGGCAGUGAGGCCAGUGGGGAGGCGUCGUCUCGUUCCCCAUCUGUUUCCUUCUCUCUGGUGAAUGGAGGGCGGAGUUCCCAUGAGUCAUCCGAUGAUGCUGACGACUGGGUGGUGGAGGAUCCGGCGGCGGGCGAUGCCACUGCUGUUGACGAUGAGAGCGAGCGGGUGACGAUCUCGUAUGCACUGGACAUGUUUCCGCAGCACGCGUUGACAAUUAGCGGGCUGAAGCUCUCGGGUCUGCAGAACUUCGCCCCCCUUUAUCUGAUACUGAGCUUUCUGACUCUCUUCACCUAUGUGGUUUAUGACGUCGUGACGGAGAAGGAAAACAAGUAGGACAGCGAGAAUGGAAUGGGGACAUAGAUGUACAGGCAUGGAUGGUUCCCCUGCCUGUGCGCAGGUUGAAGGAGAUGAUGCGAAUGAUGGGCCUGUCCACGCCUCUGUUCUGGCUGUCCUGGACGCUCACAUACGGCGUCUUCAACGCCCUGCUCGCACUCAUCGCCGUCGCGGUGUCCUACCUCAGCGGCGUCUUCGGCCCCCGCCCCUCUGUCUUGCUGCUGUUCCUGCUCUUUUAUCUAUACGCCAUGUCCCUGGUCACCUUCGCCUUCCUGGUGAGCGUGUUCUUCAACAAGGCCAGGGGGGCCUCGGUGGUGGGCUACUUCACCAGCAUUGUGCUCAACCUGGUGGCCAUACCCAUCAACUCGGUCUGGAGGGACAGCCUCGGCUUUGCGAGCAGAGUGGUGGUAAGCAGGCACGGAGGGAGGCGAGUGUAGGUGGUGGGGUCCAUGCACAUCCCUUUCUCUCUCUCUCUGUGUGUGUGUGUGUGUGUGUGUGUGAAUGUGGGUCAGCUAUCGUCGCUUUCGACUGUGUCCUUCUCCAUGGGCACGUACGACGCCCUCACAAUGUCGGCGCAAGGUCAGCAGACACACAACUGAAGCAACUGACACACGUCACGCCUUCAUCUACCCCGUCUCUCCCUCCCUUGCCUACCUGCAGGUGGUGCGACCUUCUCCAACAUGUUCCACCCCCACACAACUGUCGGCCUGUCGGUCGUCAUGCUCCUCAUCGACACCCUCGUCUACCUUCUUCUCGCGGCCUAUUUGGACCAGGUGGUGCCGCAGGACAUCGGCACCACCAAGCCAUGGCACUUCCCUGUCACAUGGUGGUGGGCCAGGGGAGGGCUGUGCGGCCGACGGAGGGAGGCGAGGGAGGUGCGGGAGGUGACCAGGCAGGGCGGCCGUGGCGUGGCCAUCGAGAUUAUGGGCCUGAGGAAGGAGUUCCCUGCCACAUGUAGGCCUUGUCCCAUCAAGAUCGAUUGAAUGGGUGGGGGAUGGAUGCUUGAGGCGUCUGCCAUGUUUGUUUGUUGUCAGGGCGUGAUCGGAAGAAGGUGGCGGUGGACAACCUGUCCCUGACGCUCAACACCCACGAGGUCUUCGCGCUGCUCGGCCACAAUGGGGCCGGCAAGUCGACGACCAUCCACAUCCUCACGGGCCUCCUGCAGCCCACAUCAGGCGACGCCACCGUCUUCGGCCUCCCCCUCUCCACCCACAUGGACGACAUCCGCCAGCACAUCUCCGUCUGCCCCCAGGAAAACAUCUUCUUCGAGGACCUCACAGUCGAGGAGCACCUGAUGUUCUUCGCGGGCCUCAAGGGCAUGUCGUGGCAAGAGGGGCGGCGGGAGUGGGAGCGGCUGGUGGAGAAGGUGCAGCUGGGGGACAAGCUCAAGACCAUGGUCACCGACCUCAGUGGAGGGCAGAAGAGGCGACUCUGGGUGGCCAUCGCACUCAUGGGCAGCGCCAAAGUCGUCUUCCUUGACGAACCGACCUCAGGUACGUCUGUGUGUGAGACAGCAUGACAUACACGGGUCGAUUCGCUCAGCCUUUUGCUCAGGGAUGGACCCAUUGGCCCGCCGUCAAGUGUGGCAGCUGAUAGAGGAGCACAAGGCGCAGGGCCGCUGCGUCAUCCUCACCACCCACCACAUGGAGGAGGCCGACCUCCUGGCCGACCGCAAGGGCGUCCUCUCCAAGGGCCGACUGCAGUGCGUCGGCUCGUCCCUCUUCCUCAAGACCACGUUCGGCAUCGGGUACUACCUGGAGAUACAGCCCAGCCGGCCGCAGCAGUGCUCCACCGACCGGCUGCUCGGCUUCGUCAAGCGGCAUGUGGCCGACGCUACACUGAUGGAGGGAGGUGCGGGGGCGUUCCGGGACGGUUCGCCAUCCCCGUCAACAUCCCCAUCACGAGCCACAAAUGCCCGGUCAAUUGCUAGCUCGCCCACAUCUGCUCAACCGCCGUCAUAUGCCAGUGCUCGACGGCGCGGCGACAUCGUGACGUUCGCCCUCCCUUUGGCGGCCGCCGACUCCUUCGCGGCUCUCCUGAAGGACCUCGAGACCAACAGGGAGGAGCUGGCCAUCGACGAUUUCGGCAUGUCCAUGUCCUCUUUGGAGGAGAUAUUCUGCAAGCUUGGGGAUCAGGAGGACGCCAUCGAGGCCGAGGCGUCCGCCGACCAGUCCCCACUCGCAGGUGCAGAUGCGCACGCCCAGAACGGUGCUCAGCCUCCAUCUUCAGAGGAUGACGCGUCUCCCACGGCCACGAAUGGCGGACGGAGACGGGGGCGUGGCAGCGACUACCAGGCUACCAUGGUCAGGGACGAGCAGGAUGAUGAUGCCGAUGGCGCCACAUCCGACGCCAGCAAGGAGGAGAGGGCGGCGGAGCAAAGGCCCAAGGGCGACCAAGGUCGGCCGCGAGGCAGCUGGUGGCAGUGCUUCCUCGCCCUGGUCGACCUGCGCCUAGCCCAGAUCCGCAACAACAAGCGGCUGCUCUUCAUCGAGGUCUACCUGCCCCUCUUGUUCGUCCUCUGCGGCAUGUUCAUGCGCCGCUCCAGCUUCCUGCGAGACGCCGGCGAGCAGGACAGCAAGUGGACGCCCCCUGCGCUCCCCGUCCUCGACUACGGCCGUGUCUUCAACGGGACGCCCAUCCCCUAUGCCGUCGAUCCAACGAUCCCUGCGACCGCACAGGAGUCAUUGCGCGGCUGGCUGGCGUCGACCAGGCUCAGCAACCAGUUCUUUGCUCUCGACGUGGCGCCACAUGAGAAUGAGAAUGCGGAUGGGAAUGCGACACGAGAGAAAGACGCGAUACACGCCAUGCAGCAAUACCUGUGGGCCCGAAGUGGCUCUUCGGACGAACGGGACUUUCACUUCUACCCCUCUGCACUAGUAUUCGAGCCCUCCAGCCAACAAUCCAAUGCAACCGCCCCCAGCAGCGGCAAUGGCGUCACUGUCCGUGUGUUGUGGAACCCCGCCGUCAUCCACGGGGUGCCGUCGAUGCUCGCCACGCUCAACGAGGGAUGGAUGCGAUACCAGGCCGACACCAAACGCGCCAGCAACGACCGGGCUCUGUGGCUGCUACAGCUACCGAGGCUGAGUACGAGGGAGCGGCGGAGACUGGCCAGGAUGCUCGCCCACCCCUUUCGAUCGGCGUUUUCGAUGCGCCUAUGGGGCAACCGGCGGCUGGUCAAGAGGCGGAUGGGUGCGACAGAGGGGCAACAGCAGGGGGGAGGGACGGAGGCGCCGGCCCCCCCAUCUCCCACUUUGUCCAUCACGAGCGAGCCGGUGCCGACCCCGUACGUGGAGAUCUCCCCCAGGAUGCUCAGCUUCCUGCUGCUCGUGGGCAUUGGCCUGCUGCUCGUGCCAAAUGGGUUCGCUGUCCAGGCCGUGGCUGACAGAGAGCUGGGCGGCAAGCAUUCCCUCUUCGUGGCGGGGCUGCCCAUCCCCCUGUACUGGCUGGGCACCUGGUUCGUCCACUACAUCAUCAUGCUGACGAUCGCGUGUGCGAUGCUCGCCAUGGUGGCCUCCUUCCGCCUGGAUUUCUUCCAGGGUGUGGCGCUGUGGGUGUUCGCGGCGGGCCUGCUGCUCUACUCGAGCAGCACCCUCUUCUACGCGUACGUGGCGUCGUUCAUCUUCCCGACACGCGACGCGCUGAUGAAGUACUUCCCGCUGCUCAACCAUUCCCUCGGCGUGUUCCCCCUGAUGAUUGUGGCGGUCACGCAGCAGUUCCCCGGCGGGCAGCACGUCGGCCACGCCAUGCACGUGUGGGUGUCCUUCCUCUCGCCCCCAUACACACUGCUGGGCCUGAUGCUCUACCUCAUGCUUAUCGGUCUGGAGGCCAACUUCCUGAACGUGCAGCCGACACUCGUCGACUACCUCGAAUUUGACAACUACGCGGCCUACCCCCUCCUGGCCAUGCUCGUGCACAAUGUGGCGCUGUUCGUCCUGCUGGCCGUCUUCGAGUAUCGGUCCUACAACAGGGCCAACACCAUGAUGACCACCAAGGCGCAGCACCUGCUCCGCUUCUUUCAGCAGACCGCCGCUGCAGCCACAGCCACAGCCACAGCCGCAGAGAGGGAAGACGCCCAGGUGACCGAUGAAGACGUCACCAAGGAGGAGGCGGACGUCGCAAGAUGGGUGGAGCGGUUCGCUUCCCCGUCUCCCCCCCGGCCAGAGGACCACCCCCCACUGAUCCUCUUACACGACCUGCAUCACGUCUAUGUGCCCAAGAUCACCACAUCCCCACCAAAGUGGGCGGUCCGGGGGCUGUCCUUCUCUGUGGGGCGGGGGGAGGUCUUCGGCCUCCUCGGCCCCAACGGCGCGGGCAAGACGACCACGAUCAGCCUGCUGACGGCGCAGGUGCGGCCGCCCACUGCUGGCGGGGGCUACCUCGGGGGCCAUAACAUCCGCACCUCCAUCAGCAAGGCGUUCCCGCAGCUGGGCGUCUGUCCGCAGUUCGAUGCGUGCACACGUGACAUCACUGUGGUCGAGCAGCUGCGGGUGUUUGCGAGGAUCAAGGGGGUGCCGCAGAGGGAGCUGGAGGGGCGCGUUUCUGAGGCGCUCCGCGAGAUGGGCAUCCUCGAGGACGCUCACAAGGUCAUCCACAAAUGCAGCGGAGGGACCAGGUACGCACACACGCGCAUAUCCACACACCCUUUUCCAUGUCUCUCUCUCUCUCUCUCUCUCCAUCCAUCCAUCCAUCAGGCGUCGGUUGAGUGUGGCGAUCGCCUUCAUGGGUGGUCCAGACAUAGUCAUCCUGGACGAGCCUUCGUCCGGAAUGGACCCCCAGGGCCGCCGCCGGCUCUGGUCCGCCAUCCAGCGGCUCGCCAGGUGCCGCACCCAUCCCCCCGCCAUCCUCCUUACCACCCACUCGAUGGAGGAGGCCGACGCCCUCUGCACCCGGCUGGGCAUCAUGGUCAAUGGCCGGCUGCACUGCCUGGGGUCUUCUCUCAGCAUCAAGGGCAGAUACGGCCAGGCGUACAAGCUGGAGAUCCAGGGGGAGGAGGAGAGCGAUAGAGGGGGAGGGGGAGGGGGAGAGGACGGCUGGUUCGCCCGUGUGGACGGCAUGGUGCGUGCGGAGCUGUCGGGCGAGGCCGUGCUCAAGGACCGGUUCGGCCGGCGACUGCUUUACGAGAUACCCUUCUCUGCACGAGCACGGCGAGGGCAGCUGGGGGGCAUGUUCCAGGUGCUGCAGGAGAGGAAGGCCGCCCUGCGGAUACGCGAGUACUCGCUGUCGCAGCCGACACUCGAGCAGGUCUUCAUCCGCUUUGCCAACAGGCAGCAGCAGCUGGAACAGCAAGAUGUUACCUUCGCGCAGCCGCCCAGCAUGUGGACAAGGAUGACAGGGGGCGGCGGCGGCAGCUCAGUGGCCCCGGUGGCUGUGCAGCCGCAGUGAGGGGCAGAGGAGCGCCUGAUGGCAUGGAUUGAUGAAGGCAGGGCAGGGCAAUCUUUUUUCCCCCACCCCAUCCCACCCCGUUGUAGAUGUCCGCACAGCAAGCUUCACGAAUGAAUGAUUUUUGCCAUCGGACGGCAGUGAGUCAGGACUGAGUAGCGAGGGAUGCAUGUCGUGCCUACUGUACAGCUCGCCCUGUGUCGCUUUUACAACAAUCGCGUGGAUUCAGAAGGAUCGGUCGGUCGGCAUUUCGUCAGUCAGAAGGCGAAGAGCUUGACGUCACGAGUCAGGGCGACACGAUACGCAUCCACCACACGCAAUGCACAUCGAGGCCCG